GCCCACGUCGCCCUGAGUGCGCGCUUGGCGUUCAAUAGACCUGUAGCCGGGGCAGGGGCAAGAUCAGAGUGGGCGCUGCUCAGCCCUCUCGCCCGAGUGCAAAGAAAGAACCUUCCCGCGACGCGAGAUUUGCCUUCACUGGAUCACAAGUUGAGCAUAUAAGAUUAAUUUCCUCAGAUCAAGAAACAUGUCUGAUGAAGAUAUCAAUACUUUAGCCUAUACCAAAAGCCCAAAGUUCUCCAAAAGAACCACUUUUCAGGACGAACUACAAGAAGCACUUCUUGCUCGCGCAGCAAAACAGCAAUCUUCUGAAUAUUCGGAAGAUUUUGAAAGUGAUGAAGAAGGUUCAGAGGAGGAGUUUCCUGAAACUGUGGAAAACACCCCAAAGAAAUCAAUUUCCUUUGCAACAUCCAAGUAUAAUCUUCGCAAUAUGAGCACUUUGAAAAGAGAAAGUGCAGAUGACUUGUCUUCGUCAGAUGAAGAUGAGAGACCUCAAUAUGUGUCCAGGUUUGAGAGAGAGAUUUUGAGUGACGAGAGGCAAGCUGAACAUUCUGGGUCAGGUGAAGGGAGUGCAGCAAAAACAUCCAUUUCAUUUGAAGUAUCUCUGCCACAUCACUACUCUUUUGAAAAAAAACAUGCUGAUGACUUGAUUUUGACAGAAGCUGAAGAGAAGAGACCUCAAGAAACAGCUAUGUUGGAGAGUAAACAUCGGAUUGAAGAGAGGCAAGAAGAUGACUCAGUUUCUGAAGCAGGGUCAGGUUUUGAAGAAGAAGGUGAUCAGCAGGAAGAGGAACCAAUGUUUGAUUUGCAGAUAGAGAGGGAAGAUACAGUUCAGUGCAAAACUGAAAUCAAGCCAAUGCCAAGGCCAAGGGAAUUUAAGACCAAGGCGGCAUCAGCAUCAGCUGAGAAUAUUAGCAUUCCUGCACGAUAUGAUUAUGCAAAGCCAUCUUCUCAACCUAGGAGUGUUUUGAGAAAAAGCAGCCAUGUGGAGGAUUACGAAGGAACUAAGGCAGAGGACAGGACAUCUCACAGCCACAGAUUUUCACUGUCUGCACCAUCUUCUGAAACAAGGCUAAAUGAUCAAGUGAAGAAAUCUGAAAAUAGAGCACUUUCUGAAAGUCCUGGUCCUGAGGGCCCCUGGAUUGCAAGCUCCUCAUCCCCAUUCCCUAUUCAUUUUUCAUCAGCGGAUGAGAGAACUGGAGAUUCCAAUUUGGCAAUAUCUGCAGAAGAAUCUUCUUCAAAAGAAGAUGAACAGAAAGAAACUGAUAACUGCAAUGAUCUGAAAUUGCUGGAAAGUGGCAGAGAAUCCCCUUCUGUGAUAGAACUAAUGAUGACAACAGUUUAUGAGAAAAAUAAGAAACUUCACAAGUCAACUGAGGAUUAUCUGGAAGGAAAGCUGCAGACAUUAGAACACAGUGCCAUUGAGGAUGGAUCAAAUGAGACAACAAAGUAUGAUAAAUUUGAACAAAAGGUAGCACUAAGUACUUCAAAGGCUGUGCUGGGUACCUCAAAGGAUUCAUUAAAGGUGUGUUUGAUGGACUAUUGUCAUAUAGCCUUAAAUAGAUACGUAUAUGCACACAUAUUCAUAUCUUUCAGCUCUACCUACUUGAAGAAAACUGGGAAGUACUCCCCCAUCCCAAUAAGUACAUCAUCUCAGUAUUUGGGAACAUUAAAGGUCUUGGACAAUAAGCAUUUGCAAAAAUUCAGUGCCGAACUUGACAAAGCAGAUAGUUUACGGGCAGCUGUCUACCAGGACUGGUUGGAAAAGAAAAGAAUCUUUCUGUUGGAACUACAAAGAAUAAAAAGAAACAAAGCUGAGCACUUGAGGGAAAAGAAUGAAAAGAAAGCAGCUGCUAAGAAAGAAGAAGCACUUGCAUCCUUUGAAGCCUGGAAGGCCAUGAAAGAAAAAGAAGCAAAGAAACUGGCUGAGAAGAAAAGGCUAGAAGAGGCCAAGAAAAAGAUGGAAGCAGAACUGAAUGAGAAGAAGAAGGAAGAGGCCCAAAAGGCUUUCGAGAAAUGGAAAGAAAAGAAAGCUGAAUAUUUAAAACAACAAAUAGAAAGGAAGAAAAGAGUUGAAAGAUUAAAGAAGAAGAAAGAAGAGGAGGUUGUUGCAGAGAAGAAGAAAGACAGCACAUCCGCUGUUGAAAAAUGGAACGAGAAAAAAGAGGAAUUCCUGAAGCAAAAGAAAAAAGAAAAAACCCAAGAAAGAAGAAAACAAAUAGAACAAGAAGUUGAGAAGGAAGAAAAGGAUAAAAGAGCGAUAGAAGAAUAUGAAAAAUGGCUGGAAGAGCCGCUGCUUCUGCAAAGCCAUGUCAGCCCAGCAAAGAACCAGCAAAGUGUAGCAGCAGCAGCUGCCCAAGAGAAGAAAGAAAUGAACCAGAUGAUACAGACAAAGCAAAAGAAACUCCAGGUUAUCCUUGAAGAUGAAACUCCACCUCCAUGGAGCCCACCUGGCAAAGUUGUUUCUUCAAGAAGCUACUGAGAUGCCCAGGGCCAUGAGGGAAAGUUCCAACCUUCUGCCAUCGUCUUAUCACCGUUAUUGCACAACAUCUGAUUUUAACAUGAAUUGAAAUUGGCUCUUUCA